AUGGACGGCAGCCGGCCCGACGCGGCCGCGGGGAUGCGCACGGGCCCCGCGGGCGCCGCCAAGCCGCUGGCCUUCUCCAUCGAGCGCAUCAUGGCGCGCACGCCCGAGCCCCGGGCCCUGCCCGCGCCGCCCCUGCUGCCCGCCGCGGCGCCCAAGCCGGACGCCAAGCCGCCGCUGCAGCUCGGCCCGCCCGUGCCCUGCAUGAUCCCCUUCGUGCCCGCGGCCUACGACGCGGGCCCCAAGGGCGCGCCCGGCGGCCCCGAGCCGCGCAAGGCCGGCCCCGAGGCCCCCGCCGCGCCCGCCGCGCCCCCCGCGCCCCCCGCGCCCGCCGCGCCCGCCGCGCCCCCCGCGCUCCGCUGCGGCGACCUGCUGCACUGCGCGCUGAGCCUCAAGGGCGACCUGGCCCGCGACGCGCUGCCGCUGCCGCCCUACAGGCUGGUGCGGCCGCGCGUGGUCAACCACUCGUCCUUCCACGCCAUGGGCGCGCUGUGCUACCUGAACCGCGGCGACGGCCCGUGCCCGCCGGCCGCCGGCCUCAACAUCCACCCGGUGGCCUCCUACUUCCUCGGCUCCCCGCUGCACGCCGCGCCCAAGACCUACCUGGCCGAGAGGAACAAGCUGGGCGGCCCCGCGGCGGUGGCCUUCAAGGACUUGUCGCAGGCCCAGCUGCAGCACUACGUGAAGGAGAGCGCGCAGCUGCUGUCGGAGAAGCUCGCCUUCAAGGCCGCCGACUUCGGCCGCGGCUCCCCCCACGCCAAGCCCAAAGUUUUCACGUGCGAAGUGUGCGGCAAGGUCUUUAACGCACACUAUAACUUAACCCGUCACAUGCCCGUGCACACAGGAGCCAGACCCUUCGUUUGCAAAGUGUGUGGAAAGGGCUUCCGGCAGGCCAGCACCCUGUGCAGGCACAAGAUCAUUCACACCCAGGAAAAACCUCACAAAUGUAACCAGUGCGGCAAAGCAUUUAACAGAAGUUCCACUUUAAACACACAUACCCGAAUACACGCAGGCUACAAACCGUUUGUGUGUGAAUUCUGUGGCAAAGGAUUUCAUCAAAAAGGGAAUUACAAAAACCACAAGCUGACCCACAGCGGGGAGAAGCAGUUCAAGUGCAAUAUCUGCAACAAGGCCUUCCACCAGGUUUACAACCUCACCUUCCACAUGCACACUCACAACGACAAGAAGCCCUUCACCUGCCCCACGUGUGGCAAGGGCUUCUGCAGGAACUUUGACCUCAAGAAGCACGUCCGCAAGCUGCACGACAGCAGCCUGGGGCUGGCCCGCGCCUCAGCCGGGGAGCCCGGCGCCAACCCGUCGCCCCCUCUGCAGCAGAUGCCGCCCGCGACCCUGCCGCCGCCGCUGCCGCCGCUGCCGCCCCCUGGGCCCCUGCAGCCCGGCCUCCACCCGGCCCAUCAGUGA